GCAGCAGGAGUCGCAGUUAGUCGGCUACAUACACGAAAAUCGAGCACAAGUCCGUGCUUUCACCGAGCAGCCGGAACCGGAACACGAACCGGAUACACACUAUGUGCGUGUGCAGUGAAAUUAAGUGAAAAUCAAAGCCAAAAAUCACCAGCUAAAUAGCCAAAAAAGAAAGAAUUAAAAAACUCGAAAAAAAAACCAGGAAGACAAGAGAAACGCACAGUUAAAAGAAAGCAAACCAACGCUAGAGGGCGCCACUGCAGGCGUCUCUGUGUGUGCGUGUUUGUGUGUGUGAAGGAAUUUCCUAAAAAGAAAGUACAGAGAGAGAGCGAGCGAGAUGGACAGCUCGCCGGAUCUGUCGCUGAAAUUGCGACGCGGCUCCAGCGAUUCGCGGGAUAACUUCUACAUGGACUUUGCCCAGGGCAUCGAUUCCGAUAUCGAGGAGGUGGACAACACGGCCAAUCCGGAGGAGGCGGGCCAAGUUCCACCGCCGCCUCCGCCGCUGCCCCAAAUUUCGCUGGCCGAGGAGGUGCUGCUCCUGGUGGCGCCACCGCCACCGCCCUCCUCACUGGGCGGGCAACCACUGCCCACGCUAACGGAAACGGAUGAUAUUCCGCCCACGCCCACGCCGCCACCACAGCAAAGGGAGGAUGAGGAUGAGGGGGAGGAGCAGCAGGAGGAGGAGGUAAAGCAGGAGGAGCCACCUGGCUCACCCAUCAAUUCAGUCCUCGAACUGGAGCUAAUACCUCCACCUCCACUCUCCCCCCUGGAGGAUGCGGGCCUGCGUACGGAUGACGAUGACGAUGGUGGCGAGGAAACCGAUGAUGCCGAGGAGCUGGCCGCCAUUCCGCCACCACAGGAAAUGCUGGAUAUGGAAAGCAAUCCGGAUGAGGAGGAGCCGGAGCCAGAGGAGGAGGAAGAGGACGACGCCAAGUCCACACCGCCGCCACCACUGCCACCGCUACCCUCGAAUCUAUCCUAUGUCCAGGGCCACAAUCUCGGUGGUGGUCAGGGUGUGGUGGUCACACCGCCCCUGACCAAGUCGCCAUCCAACUCGCCCUCGCCGCCCGUUACGCCGCCACCCUGCCCGGAACUCAACAUCAGCCGGAUGGUAUCGCCGCCUGCCCAGCACAUUAGCCAGAUACCGCCACUAACGCCCUCCGACGAAAGCGAGGGCGAGGAGGAGGAGGAGGAUGAGGAGGCGCAGUCCCAGCCAAAUUCACCGCCACCCAGAUUGGAGGCGGUGCAGCCGCCGCCACCACCCGAAAUGGUGGAUCAUCAAGAAGAUCCCGAUCCCGAGGAUCGGGAGCAACCCGAACCGGAACCGGAGCCCGAACCCGUGAGCGGAGCUCGGGAGGAUUACAGCCGAUCGCUGGACAACGAAGAUGAGUCCACCACCAUCACCACGCCGCCUAGCAAUGGCUACUCCGCCUCCUCUAUUAUAGCUCCGCCCCCCGAGCACUUUGCGGAGCUGGAGGAGGACAGGGGUUUCAUACCACCACCGUCCUUGGACCAGGAGGAAGGGCAGGAGGAACCGGAGGAGGAGGAGGAGGAGGAGCUGACCAAGGAGACGGAUGAGAUAUCCGUUGACAGGGAAUCGCUGCAGGAUCAGGGCGGCGACAGCAUCAGCUCACCGCGGCCGGCCAGCAUCUUGACGGGUUCCAUUUCCACCUCCCUCGGCGGCGCAGGGGGCGGAUCGCCGAAGCUCGAUAGCCGCGGGCCGAGUCGCAGUGGCAGCCAGCGAUCGCAGCAAGUCAGAUCAGGAUCGCAGCAGGGAUCACGUGUUGGUUCUCGCAUUGGAUCCCGCACGGGAUCCGUGGCCUCUGCCCAGGCAGCUGGCAUCCUCUCGCCGCAGGCUUCGCUCAAGUCGCAGAGUUCAGUUCGCUCGCAAGGCCAAAAGGAUCAGCCACAAGUGCGAAGUCCGGCGGGAUCCAUCAAGUCCGGAUCGCAGCGCGUGCAAAGUCCGCCGGCCGGAGAGGGAGCCCCGGCGAUGCCCUCGCCGCCACUGAUGAGGAGUCCCCCGGCGGAGCUGGCCCGCCAGAUGCACAGUCCGCCAAGGAUCACAACGCCGCCGAGGGUCUGCAGUCCGCCCCUGGUCAGCAGUCCACCCAAAUUGGCCGAAUCCGCGGCCGCUGCCGUGGGAGUCGCUGCCGUCGGAAUCAAGGAACAGAUCAGUUCGAGCAUCUCCGAAGCGCCGGAGACGACAACCAAGGAGGAGCCCCCUUUGGCCUCCUUGAGCUACCAGGAUGAGCAGCAGAAGACACCACCGGUGGUCACCAGCCAGCCGAGGUCGCACUUCACGAGCAGCCACCACCACUACCACUUGCCGCAUCAGUUCCAGCAUCCGCAUCACCAGAAUCAUCACACCCACAGUGUCCGGGUGCCCACGCCCACGGUGCCGAGUAGCUAUGCCCCACCAGCAGCAGAUAGCACCGGUAGCAGCAGUUCUCCAGCGGAUCGCCGGCGGCUCUUCAUGGCAGCAGCUCCUCCUUCAAUCGCCACCGGAGGAGGUGUUUCACUUAUGACCAGCGAGCCUGCAGCGGUGCCAGCCAUUUCACCAGGCCGCAUCUCGGCCCGCUCGGGAUCGCAGCAUCAUGUGACCAUCGACGAGUCUAGUUUACCCAGUCACAAGGGCGGCAGCAACAUCCAGGAGACACCGGGGCCCAGUGGACUGAUCAUUGGCGGCGGAGAUGGCGACGGGGAUCGGGAUAUCGGAGGAGGUGGUGGCGGAGGAGGAGGUGACAGCUCCGAUCCGCCUUCGUCGCCCGGAGGAAGCAGCUCCCAGCAGCAGGCGCUCAGCGGAAGUCAGGCGGACGGACAGCUGGCGCUGAUGUACCACUCGCACCAGCUGACCACCUAUCCGGUGCUGCCCGCCAUCAAGCGCACCCACCGCCCGUCCUUUGUGUAUCCGCCGAUGCCGAGGGUUAAGGCCGGCGAUGCACUGGCCACUCUUUUCUCCGCACUCUAUGGCAAACUACUCGUCGUGAUGGGGAUAGCAUUUCCUAUGGCAGAGGUCAUAUCUACCUAUAUCCCACCCUCUUUCUACGAGGUGUACUAUUUGUACUUGUACAUCGGCAGCAUGAUAUUCCUGCUCUUUAUGUACGCCACCUUGCUAUGGGGACGUCCUAAAUUGCCAGUUCCAAUUGCCACUUCCCCGAACAAGUCGACCACGAAGGCGAGUGGAACGGAUAGCAUGGACGAAUCGGACACGGAUAGUAACUCGGUGCGCCAUCGACUUCCACCGGCGAUUCCGGUGAGGCGUCCGUCGCUGCUCGCGCCACUCGGAAGGCGGGAUGCCCACUACGGCAGCUUCUAUCUGCGCAUGGGCGCCGUGGCCUUUGGAAUUGGCAGCAUGAUCUAUUCGGGCCUAGAGUUUGGGCAAUAUUUUGAACUCAAUCCGGACACCAAGUGCCACAACGUGCUGCUCGCGCUCACCCCGGCCACCCGGAUGGCCUUCAUCUUCAUCCAAAUGUACUUUAUCUUCCUGAACAACGAGCAGAUCAAGGUGUAUCGCUACAAGAUCAUCGCUCGCUUCGGUUUGAUGCAUAUGAUCGGUACAAAUCUGGCCGUUUGGCUGAAUGUUUUGAUCCAGGAGACAAAGCACGAGAUAUUGACGUUCUACAACCCGGAGAAUCGCACGCUAAGAAUUUCUCACCGAAUACCGGGCCACUCGAGGGGUCAUGCUAUUAUUCAGCACGAUCCGACGGCUCAUUUGAGGGUUCCGCGUGGCCUCAAGGGACCCUAUCAGAUCUUCGAGUGCCGGCGAACGAAUAUCAUCGGAACUUUGGUGCAGGAUGCCUCGCCCUUUCUGUUUCCCUGCACCAUUGAAUAUUCGCUGAUCUGCGCCGCUAUUUUGUAUGUGAUGUGGCGGAGUAUUUCGAGACCCCAGACUCCGACGCCCCAGCGUCCGGCGGAUAUGAUUAGUUCACCGAUGAAGCGUUCGCCGCAUCACUAUUCGGUGGAUUGUGCCAGGGCCCACAAGGGUCUAUUCGUGGGCAUACUGAUCCUGGUGCUCACGAUCAUAUCGCUGAUCAUAUUCUUUGUGCUCAUCUCGCGGCCCGAAUUCGUGGCCCUGGCCGUCACGGAGGUAACCAUCUGUGAGCUGCUCAUCUAUGGCACAGCGACCAUAGCCACUUUGGUGGGUAUGAUACAGAUUCGUCACCUGCAGUACGAUGCCUACAGGAGCUUCUCGCUGGAUGAUAUCCUCUUGGUGGGCGCCCAAACUGGCUCCUUUCUGUACAACAUAUUCACGGUGAUUGCAGGGCAUUUUACGCUGCGGAGCGAUGAUAUGCUGGUGCCCAUCAAUGCCUUGGCCUCGAUUGUGCAAACCGCCUGCCAGACGAUGUUCAUCCUGGAUGCCAGUCGUCGGCAGGCCGUCAGUCCGGAGCAUUUGCGAAAGAAGCCUGGCCGUGAGAUUGUUACCUUUAUGCUGGUCGUCAAUUUGGCCAUGUGGGCCAUUAGUACGCUGGAGAAAUCGCGGGCCGAAUCGCAUCCCAUACAGCUGAACUUCUAUGGGCUGUGGGCCUGGACGAUUAUCACGCAUGUCUCAAUGCCGCUGGCCAUAUUCUAUCGUUUCCAUUCGACCGUUUGCUUGUGCGAAAUCUGGAAGCGGGCCUACAAGUUGAAGCCAACGUAUAUGUGAGAAUUCGCCCGCUCGCGCAUCCAGAGCAUUGCGCAGCAGCAGCAAUUCUGCGAGGAUCUCAAGACGAACCUGUCCUACUGCUACUGCUCCACUACGCUGGCUGGCGGCGAGCUGGAGACCGUCGAGGAGGUGGAGAGCGGGGAGAGUAAUUCGGCGGAGGAUGGAGGAGUAUCUGGAGCAGCAGGAGCAGGAGGAUCAGGAGGAUCAGAAGGACAGGCCGGAACAGAAGAGCAACAGGGCGGCGACAGCAGCUGUGGACUGAGGGCACCCAUCCGGGCGCUGUCGCCGCAAUCCCUCAAUACGGAAAAGGCCUUCUGUCCGGUUUACGUUAUCAACGGCGAAUGAGUUUACGCGCACUUUGAGUUCAUUGACGCGAUCAGCGGCCAUGAGCUCAGCUUUGUCUAGGACUUGCAUCCUUGCUGGGCAUCCGCUCCACCACCACCAUGAACCAUACAACACAUAAUCCACCCCACCAACAAAAGAAAAACAAAAACUAGAAACCCAUCUUCGAGAACCACCAAAAGCAAAAGGAUAUAAGCCCAAAAAGGGGAUGCAAGUGUUGAAAGCCCAAAAACAUAUCCUAGAAAAGAAAAAAAAUAUUAGAACAAAAAACAUCAGAAAAACCAAGGGUCAAUCUAACCGUAGGUUAACCCCAAGACCCAAAGCAAAGAUAAAUCAUUCAAGAAAUCCCAAGCAAUGUCAUUAGGGCGUAUAGGCAAUAAAUUUCAAAGCAAUUGUCCUUAGUGCGUAUACGCAAUACAUUAAAUGGUUUAAGCUCAUUACGUUCGCUUGCUAACAGAAAGAAAAUUGUCUAUAAUUACCUUACAAAUUAAAGCUAGGAAAGUAUAGAUAUUUUCGAUACUGGUUUUCUGACGUUUUAUUAUAUACAGAAACUUUAAUAAUUUGUUAAAAUUAAACUUUUUCCUUAAAAACAUCGAUAUUAUCGAUAACACAUUGUGGAAAUAUCGAAAAUAUCGAUAUUAUUGGAUUGGAUGAACAUUUUACUUCAAAGUAUCUGUGCUUUACUCAAUCAAAAGCCCAGAUUUCUAGGCAAAUUUCUUUUUGGUAGCAAGUGAGCGAAAUAUUGUAGGCAAAACUCGUAACCGUAGAUGAAUACAUGUUUACUCCUCACAAAAAACCCAAAAUCUAAAACUACCAAGCAUCAAGUUUGAUAAAUGUUGAAAGAAGGUCGCAAUCAAAAAAAACUGGACAACAUUUUAUAUAUUUAUAAACAUAGUUACUGACUGAGGAUCAGCAAAACGGGUUGUGAACCAACCGCACUACGAAGUAUGCCGCUAAACUAAUGAUCAACCGAGUAGAGAGAGCAGAUAUACCAAAAAUAUGUAUAACCCAAAAAAGCGAGUUCUAUAAAUGAUAUUUACAAGGAUAAUUAAUCGGCGUUCCGAAGCAUAUUGGAUGUAUUUCAAACAAACGAAAAGUUAGAACAGGAAGAGAGCAGAAAAAGUUUUGAAGGAGGAGAAGAUACGGAUAGGAGAAGUCAUUAACCCCACCAGAAAUCGAGGAACCGCAAAAGUUAUUAGACAACGCUGUACUACAAAGUAGACGGCUUACACACAGCCUAGCACCUAAGGAUAUAUACUCACAUGCAUAUAUGUAGAAGUUCGAUCCAAGCUGCAAACUGCUGCAAACAAAACGACCCCCUUUAAGCCCCACCCAUGGAUUGUUUGAGCCCCUUGUUAAGACCCCUGAUUUUUAGCAUAACAUUAAACUGAAUUUGUUGACUUAAAUUCGAGAUAUAAGAUGUGAAGAAGAGAGCUCUUGUUAGGAACCUUGUUUUGCCCGAAUAGGUUUUUAUGUGAUACGUUUGUGCUUGUAAUUCCACUUCCAGUUCCAGUAAUCAGUAACCCCAAGAACCCCAUUUCAGUAUUAUAAAAGCUCAAAAAAGUUUUAGAAGGACAAAUCAAGAGAUUUUCGAAAAAUUCCAAUAAAAUCACUUACUAUAAGACGCACAAAUCUAUUUAAGGAGGUAUACAUAUGUCUGUGUUUUUUUUUGUCUACCAUAAUGGUAUAAGAUAUCUAGGAUAUAGACCCCCACCCCCCACUUACAUACGAUGCGAUAGAAGUAUAUAUAUUUUCAAUACCAAAGAGUUCAUUGUGUAGCCUACGUUGAAAUCGCUUUCUUGUUGAGUUAUAGUUUCUUUUUAAUCUACUGACUCAUUCAUUGUAUAUUCAAAGUUAUGAAUGCCAAAUCGAAAUCGAAAUCAAAACCAAAAAACACGAACAAAAAAUCUUAAGGAACAACAAAAUAUAUAUAUAUAUAUUAAAUUAGUUAUUUCAAUUUUAUACUCUUACUAAAUUUUUAACUAGAAUUACUGUAACUUUGUAUGCAUUUUCUUACAUGUAUUUAUUGUACGCCGACUCGAAAAACAUCGCACAUUCAGCGAAAAAUCAAAAUUGACAAAUUGUAUUGUAUUUACAGCCGAUUAUAUUAGAAUUUAUUGCAACUAAGUAGAUAUGAUGAGUGAUCGAACUCAUUAGGAGAACUCCUAACUCCAUGUAGAAUCGAAACGCAAAAACGACAUUUUAUGCGAAUAAAAUAAAAGAUUUAAAGAAAAAAAACCCAACUGAAAUAUUCAAGAUAUACCCAACAACCCAUAUUUGUUCUUAUUAUUCAAAAAAAUGAAAAUCAAAAUAAAUGUAAUAAUCGUAAUUGUGGGACUCACUAAUGAAUUCAAAAUAAGAUGGUAACUUCUUAUCACUGUGCGACUAUUCCUAUUCUCAAGGGUUCUAAACCUCAUCUUCAAACCAAAUGUGGAUGUCUAGUACAUCAUCGAUUGCUUAGAAUACUUAGAUUCUACUUUUUCUAUUCUAUUUUCUGAAAGGUUUCAGAUAAAAUUCUACUAAACUUCAACUAUAUCUCCUGAAUUUAAAUAACUGAUCGAAUGGUAUUCAGUAUUCGAAUAUAUUCGAACAACUCAUAUAUCUUUCUAGCAAUUUCAUACUUUUUCCCAUAAUACUCAACCAAUACAACUUGAUAAGCCUAGGAAAAGCAAUUUGUAUUAAGUGUUACAAGUAUUUAAAUGUAUUUACAAUAAUGGAUAUGAAAAUAAAGUUAAAACUAGUCGUGAAUGUUCUGUGUUCCCCGAAAAUAAAUACACCACCACCACACCCGAAAUGAAAACUAUAUAGACUAUAAAAGAGCAGUAAAUAUGCAAUAAAUAUGAAUAAUAAAUUGAAACGUAUUUCGAUUACUAUGGAAAA